CCGCCGCUUUUCUGCCUGCACUGAUGGACGCGUCGUCCCGCUAAAUCACACCUGCUUCCGGCGGGACCGACGCCGCGUCGCUCUCCUCUACAUCCAGCAGCGGCAAAGUGUCUGAAGCUGCGUCCGUUGCCAUUUUGUUAUGAAUUAUUAAUAAUUUAAACGACGUUUGUUGGUUUUUUGCACAGUACAGCGCGUCCGUGAAUGUUUUCUAUAAAGCAACGCGUCGCUUUUAUCAGUCUACUUCUUGUUGUGGUGGGAAUAAGGCGUUACGUAAUUGCAGGAGCAUCCUGUUGUCGCCAUACGCCUGUUAAAGCAGGAAUCUGAUAUUCCACCGCCCGAACCGACUAGAAGAACUAAGCUGCUCUCAUGACAAGGAUAAAGAGGUCGGCUGCAUAAAGAGGCCAUGGAGCCGGUCUAACUGUUGCGACACCGUCCACCUGGCCCGUCUCACCCCGUAACCAUGGCGACGUGCCAGAGCGGCUGCGCGCCGGCCGUGCGCCUGUGUCAGCGACUGAACCGCCUCAAGACGCUGGACGAGGACAUGAUGGCGACGUCGCUGAAGCGCUGCCUCUCCACGCUGGACCUGACCCUGAUGGGCGUCGGCGGCAUGGUGGGCUCCGGGCUCUACGUCCUGACGGGGACCGUGGCCAAGGACAUGGUGGGGCCCGCCGUCAUCCUGUCCUUCCUCUUCGCGGGCGUGGCGUCCCUGCUGGCGGCGUUCUGCUACGCCGAGUUCGGGGCGCGCAUCCCCAAGACGGGCUCCGCCUACAUGUUCACCUACGUGUCGGUGGGGGAGGUGUGGGCCUUCCUCAUCGGCUGGAACGUGGUCCUGGAGAACAUGAUCGGCGGCGCGGCGGUGGCGCGCGCCUGGAGCGGCUACCUGGACUCCAUCUUUAACCACGCGAUUCAGAACUUCACCGAGACGCACGUCAUGCAGUGGAACGUGCCCUUCCUGGCCCAUUACCCCGACCUGCUCGCCGCGGGCAUCCUAAUAGUCGCCUCCUUCUUCAUAUCCUUCGGCGUUCAGGUGUCCUCGUACCUCAACCACAUCUUCUCCACCAUCAGCAUGGCGGUGAUCGUGUUCAUCCUGGUGUUCGGCUUCGUGCUGGCCGAGCCGGCCAACUGGAGCCAGAAGGAAGGCGGCUUCGCGCCGUUCGGGCUCUCCGGCAUCCUGGCGGGCUCGGCCACGUGCUUCUACGCGUUCGUGGGCUUCGACGUGAUCGCGUCGUCCAGCGAGGAGGCCAAGAACCCGCAGAAGGCCGUUCCCGUGGCGACGGCCGUCUCCCUGGCGCUGGCGGCCACCGCCUACGUCCUGGUGUCCACGGUGCUGACCCUGAUGGUGCCGUGGCACUCGCUGGACCCCAACUCGGCGCUGGCGGACGCCUUCUUCCGCCGCGGCUACAGCUGGGCUGGGAUCGUGGUGGCAGUGGGCUCCAUCUGUGCCAUGAACACGGUGCUGCUCUGCAAUCUCUUCUCUCUCCCGCGCAUCGUCUACGCCAUGGCGGACGACGGCUUGUUCUUCUCCGUCUUCGCGCGCGUCAACCCCGUCACCAAGGUGCCCGUCAACGCUAUCCUGGUGUUCGGCGUCCUCAUGGCCACCAUGGCGCUCAUCUUCGACCUGGAGGCCUUGGUCCAGUUCCUGUCCAUCGGCACCCUCCUGGCCUACACCUUCGUGGCCGCCAGCGUCAUCGUGCUGCGCUUCCAGCCCGACAAAAGCGGCCCCAAAGGCAGCGCCUCGCCGCCGCCCCGCCCCGACGCCGAGCCGGCGCCGGCGCCGUCCGAGUCCCAGACCAUCGCCGAGGACGGCGGAGAGCUGAAGCAGUACGAGUCCUUCUCGGACAAGCUCCAGCUGGUGGAGCGGCAGGAGAGGGGGGGGCCGCGCGGGCCGGGCCGGCUCCGGGCCCGCUGGGAGCCGUACCUGGGCCGGGUGCUGGGCGACUGCGAGCCGGGCGAGGUGGUGGCCUUCUGCGUGCUGACGCUCAUAGUGAGCGCCGCGUCGCUCUGCGCCGUGCUGGAGUUCGGCACCCAGCAGCUGCAGCUGCCCGUCUGGAGCUUCUCCCUGCUGCUGGUGGUCUUCAGCUCGGCGUUCGUCCUCAGCCUGGUCCUCAUAUGGGUCCACGAGCCGCAGGGCAACAGCAAAACAUUCCAGGUUCCUCUGGUUCCAUUGACUCCAGGUGCCAGCAUCCUCAUCAACGUGUUCCUCAUGAUGAAGCUCAGUCCCCUGACCUGGAUUCGGUUCACCGUGUGGAUCGCUGUGGGCCUCCUGGUCUACUUCGGCUACGGGAUCUGGCACAGCAAGGAGGGCCUGCGGGAGCUGCAGCCUAAAGACAUGGCCGCCCGCUACGUGGUGCUGCCCAGCGGGAGCCUGGUGGAAACGGUGCAGUCGGUGCAGCCCGACGGGCAGGCGGACGCGUCGGCUCACGCCGAGCACGCGGGCAGGAGAUGAUGCGUCGCGCCUGGCGCUACCGUACCUGCCUCUCCUCUUUACUACUGCUGGUACUGCUGCUCCCGUCCGUGUGUGAAUAGCCGUUUGCUCUGCUGAUGUAAGCGCACCGCAGGUCAGGAUGCACGCUCUCUGUCUCGUAAAGCAUAUUUGUAUAUCUUGUGACACUCCAGUGUACAGCACAGAGCUUUAUUACUGUCCUCACAUCACGUAGCGACGCCCUCUGACACGAGCUCAGUCCUCGCAGCCGUCCCAGUGUGAUCGAACCCACGCGCUUGUGUGCUGUAUGGUGCUUUUUUGUGAGACUCACUGUACUGAAGUUAUAUGUUCUCAGCGGAUCAUUUUAUCAUUUUAUGCAGAUUUUGAACUGGAAAACCAACCUUCACUACAAAUGUUACUAGGUCGAUGAUGUCCCACUGCAUUUUUGGAGAUGUCACCGUGCAUGUUCUCAGUGAAGCUGUGGCUACUUUCACCUUCCUCUCAUUUUUCAUUCUCCUCAAAGCCUCAGGAGAAGUGACUGCACUGCCUGUAGAGACUUAUGUUGAUCUCUGUAUUUAUUUUCUAUUUAUUUUUAGCUCCAGGUUUUUUUGAUCUGUCAUUUUUCUGUCUCCUACAUUGUGUAAGGAAGUCCUGUUUUUUACUCGCAUAUAUUAUCGUCCAUAAGUCUUCACCUUUUUUUUACUUUACUUAAUCUUUCAGAUCUCAUCCCAUGACCACCUUCUCUUGCACUCGGGUGGGUUUUUCCCACGGACCUUUAGGCAGCAGCUCCUCCCUCCUUCUCUCCCCGUUGUCAUGAGAUUAUGAGAAAUCAAAGCACACAGAUCACUGUAUUGUAAUGCAACUGAUUUCAAGAGUAAGCAGAAAUCUAAUUGGAUAUUUAAAUGAAGCACAAUCCUGUUCAGUGAAAACAAUCCUGAUACACAGGGCAGCAGAGCAGCAGGCAGACACUGGCUCUGUGAAAUCUGGGAUGGGCCUCCGUAAUCCCAGCAGAUCUGCAGCUAGUCUGCAGCUUGACCUACAUUAGAGAAAGACACAUGCGAGAUUAUACUGAAAACAUUCCCACAGCAUCCGUCGUGUCAACAAAUGGAAUCGACGCUCUUUUAUAAAGUAAAAAUCUUUAUUAUUUAUAUUUUGAUUCACUUCAGUUUGUGUUUGCAUGUGUUACGUCAGAAACCAAAUGGCCUUAAACACUCUGUAAUCAAUGCUGAUGGAUUUCCAAAGCUCGUGUAGUCAGUCUGAAUGAUUUAAAUGUUCAAAUUAUUAGUGUGUUUCUUAGACGCCACGCUUUCUAGUAAUAAACCAAAACACAAACCUGGAGGGUUUGAUUCAAGAUGGUUUUGUACAACCUUGAAAAUGUUUGUUUAGUGUCGCCGUUCUGCUUCUGUUUUCUGCACCAGUGACAAACAUUAUGACUGUGGUGCUCUUCUUAGCUGAACGCCCUCCCACCUCUUCUCUCUCUUUAUUUGCCAGGAAGCACAUUUAUAAAAGGUCCAGUACUUUUACUUCUGAUUAGUAUGAUACUCUGUUCUUGCAGAAUUAUAUCCCUUUCUGUUUUAGUCUAUGUCUGUAGAAAAUGCAAAGGACUGUGUUACAAAAAAAUAAAUGUUUUGAAAGCAGCAUUUACAAAAAUCUAAAA